GACCGGGUGCUCAUUAACCGCAUCGACCUGGUGUGCCAGGCUGUGCUGUCGGGGAAGUGGCCCUCAAGUCAGCGCAGCCAGGAGCUCUGCGGUGGCCAUGGGGGAGACCUUGCCCCCCGGCUGCCAGGUGACUACGCCAGCUCGCCUGCUCCCCAUGCCUGCCCCCAGGAGGAAGCGCCAGCCCUGUACACCCGGCUCCGGCACAGCCCCGAGGAGAAGGAGUUCACUGUGCAGAUCAAGGACGAGGAGGGGAUCAAGCUGACGUUCCAGAAGCAUAAGCUGAUCCCCAAUGGCGCUCUACAUGAGCGGCACCCGCACCCGCUAGGCCACAAGAAGAGCAGCAAGAAGCUGGUGGAGCUGGAGCUGCAGUGCUUGGAAGGGCUGCGGGGCCCUGACAUCGACCUGGAGGCGCGGAUCCCGGUGGUGCACAAGGCGAAUGGGACAUUGCUGGUGGGGGAGGCGGCCCCACGCCGAGCUGAUCUGGAGGCCUGGCUACAUGCACACCCUGACUUUGCCAUUGACCCCCGCUUCCUGGCUUACAUGGAAGAUCGGCGCAAGCAGCACAAGUGGCACCGGUGUAAAAAGACAGGCACAGUGGAGCUGAGCUGCCUGCCGGGGUUGGAGCGGGGCCCUGGGGCCAGUGGCUCCCACAACAGCAAGAAGGGCUUCGUGACUGACCCUGUGAUGAGCCGGCUGUUGCCAGGGCCAUUGGAAUCUGAGGGGGGCCUGAAACAGCCACGGGGUCGCCGGGCUGGUGUGGAGCUGUCCAAGAUGGUAUCCCUGAUGGGUGGGGCCGGGCGGAGCCAGCUGGGGGCUAUGGGGCCCCUGUCUUUACACAGCCCCUUCCAGCCGGGACUAGCCCCUGGCUCUUCCCUCCCCUACAUGCCCUUCCCUACAGCCUCCUCCUCUGGAUCCCUGCUGCACCCAGGGUUGGGCCAUGGCAGCUAUCCCCCAGGCCCGCACAUGCACCUGGGCUCCCUGGGGCACCCGCAGCCUGACGAGGAAGAGGAGGAUGAGGAGGAUGAGAUAGAUGACUUAUCUCAGGGCUACGCCAGUUCAGAACAGGACUUCUCCCUGCUCGAUGACCCUAUGAUGCCAGCCAACUCGGACUCCAGUGAUGGUGCUAAUGACGGGGGCGACUGAGCUGAACAGACGGAAGAGGGUACUGGAACUCACUGACUGUGUGGGGGAUGGCUGGAGCGACCCUAACGGGGGCCCUCAGCAUCCAUCAAACAAUCCUCUUCCCCUGCUGGGGCUCAGGUUACAGAGUGGGGGACUCUGCCCUGGCCUGGGGUGAUGGGAAUGGGCACAGACCCUGUCCUGGGGCAGGGGAGCCUCCCUGGGCUAGAUGUAUGUGGGCUUGGCCAGUAAAACUGCACCCCAGCAUGAGGCCCUAGCUGGGGUCAUCUCCCAACCUGCGGCAUUAUCGGCCACCGUGCAUCCCUGCUCCUUACUUGGCCUUCAAGGGGUGGCAGCCCCAGCGGUGCAGGGCCCAAUGCUGUAUUGUAUGGGGGGGAGGGGGGCUAUAUUUAUAUAAAUAUGU